AUGCUGGCGCACUCCCCCUCGACACUACCUCACCUCCUAUCACUCGGUACAGCAUGUUUUCGCGAGACGUCGCUCUCAGUGUAUACAAGCGAGCUUGUCAGUCUUUGGGUUGCCAAACGCACAUCUUCGGAGUAUCACUGGAAGAAACACGUGCCUGCCGCUAGAACCGCUGGAUUGACAGAGGACCAGAUAUCAGCUGUAGCCUCGGGAAACUUGGUAGAAGCUGUAUGGUCAGAACAAGACAUGGCUCUGAUCACUUUUCUCGACGCUGUUCUUUCUGGUCCAGAGGUUUCCCAGGCCAUUUUCAGCAAAGCGAGGGAGCACUUUAGUGAUCAAGCUUUGGUUGAAGUUGUGGUAAUACAGGGCUACUUCUACAGCAUGGCUCGAAUAGUGACUGUGUUCGGUGUUGAUCUGGAAGGCAAAGUCCAACCCUGA